AUGGAUUUGAAGGCCGUCGGUGAAAAGAGAUUGUUGCAACUGAAUGAGUUAGAUGAAUUUUGGAUGGAAGCAUAUGAAAAUGCAAGGAUCUACAAAGAGGGAACCAAGAAGCGACAUGACAUGCAUAUUCAGAGGCGAGAGUUUGAAGUGGGGCAAAAAGUGCUAUUGUACAACUCUAGACUCAAGCUCUCCCCGGAAAAAUUAAGGACAAGGUGGUCGGGUCUCUAUACAGUCACUAAGAUGUUGCCAUACGGGGCUAUAGAAGUCAGCCACGAAACUAAGGGUACUUUCACAGUUAACGGGCAAAGGCUGAAACACUACUGGGACAGUGACUUCUCUAAGCAAAAGUCUACCGUUCAACUCGGGACACCAAAAUGA